UUUGGCAAUCUUGGGCAGGCCGCGCAGACGGAGAGAAAGACGGGAACCUUGUUCGGCGCGACCACUGCCCCGCCGGGUGGGCUCUUUGGCAGUUCGCAGACCCAGAAUCAGCAACAGCAGCAGCAGCAGCCUAGCCUUUUCGGAGGCUCGACAGCGAACAACCAGCAAAACACGAACACCACCAGCCUUUUCGGCGGCUUAAACCAAUCGCAACAGCAAAGUAACCAGCAAAAUGCGGGAGGGGGUCUGUUUGGCGGUAUGGGCCAGUCUCAGCAGCAGCAGCAGCAGCAGCAGCAGCAGCAACAAAACAUGGGCGGCUCUGUUAUGGGCGGGUUCGUCCGUCCUGCGCCUUCCCUCCUUCCGAACCAGCAGCAGCAGAUUCAACAGCAGCAGCAAGCUCUCCCUCAGCUGAGGCAGUCGGUUCACGACCGCUUCGCGAGUGCUUCUCUGAACGGCGCGCGAGAGAAGUCUGUUGUUGACCAGAUGAGGACCAUUGCUGAGAAGUGGGACUCAAACAGCUCCGAAUGCGCCUUUCAGUACUACUUUUACAACUCCGUCAAGCCAGAAGAGGCGCCCUUCUACGGUCCUCAACCGCACGAGGACCACAAGAAGUGGGAGGAGGCACUCGCCAACAAGCCGAGCGAAGGCUCAAUCCCCUUGCUAGUGCGCGGAUUCCAAGAGAUGGCGGCGCGCAUCCAGUACCAAGUGUUCGCUAUGAACACACUACAAAGCCGGCUGCACGAGAUGAACAACUGUCUCGGCGUCAUCAAGGACCAGCACGAGCUGACGACCGCGCCACGGAUCAACAAAGCCAAGCAAAAGCACAUUGAACACACCCAGCGGAUACUUGCCCUUGCGACCAAGGUGCAGAUCCUGCGGAAUCGGGGCUACGCAAUGGACCAGACCGAGGAGGAGCUAAAGAAGAAGCUUGCUGAGCUGGAGAAGCGGGCGUUCGAUCCCAUCAACGGCGGCAAGCAGGAGGAGAUAUGGGCGCGCAUGUCGAGCGUGCGGGAGCACGCACAGCGGCUGCAGCAUGAGACAGAGAAGCAGAGCAAUGCUGCCGCUGCAGGCUUGCAGGAGGGGUCUCUAUCGGAGGAUGACCAGGUGCAGUUAGAGAAGAUCCUCAAAGGCUACGACCAGCAAUUGCAGCACCUCAAGAAGAUGGUCGACGACACGGUGCAGGAAUAUAAUGAUUGGACGAAGGAGCAGACAAAGCCCGUGAGG